GGGGCCACAGGAGCCACAGCGAUCAAAGUGGGCUCCACGGCAGGAGCCACAGUCAGCAUAGCGCGCUCCCGGACAACGGCACUGAACUCCAGAGGCGCAGGACUAAGAAUUACCAGCAGUGCCGGGCGGAGGAUCCCUGUAGACACUUUCUCACCUUCCUUGCUGCUCCUUGCUUCCGACCCCCUGCACCGAUCCAAUGCCCCUCCAGGGCUAGGGCUCAGACCCCAGGACCUACACCCACCAUGGGGGACGGCUGGGUGUCCCCAGACUGCAGAAACAGGAGCAGCCCUGCCCCUACCCUGGCCAGCCCCAUGUACCCCAUGCCAGAGCUGCCCCAGCAGUGGACAGUUGGCAUGGCUAUUCUCAUGGCCACCAUCAUCCUGCUCAUCCUGCUGGGCAACAUCAUGGUCAUCGCGGCCAUCACCAGGAACCAGCGGCUCCAGACCCUGACCAACGUGUUCAUCACCUCCCUGGCCUGUGCGGAUCUCAUCAUGGGCUUGUUCGUGGUGCCCCUGGGGGCCACCCUGGUGGUGAGCGGCCGCUGGCUCUACGGCUCCAUCUUCUGCGAGUUCUGGACGUCAGUGGAUGUCCUGUGUGUGACCGCCAGCAUCGAGACCCUGUGCGUGAUCGCCAUAGACAGGUACAUAGCCAUCACCUCGCCGUUCCGCUACCAGAGCCUCCUGACCAAGGCCAGGGCCAAGGGCAUCGUGUGCACCGUGUGGGCCAUCUCCGCCCUGGUGUCCUUCCUGCCCAUCAUGAUGCACUGGUGGAGGGACACCGACGACCCCGAGGCCCUGAGGUGCUACGACGACCCGGGCUGCUGCGACUUUGUCACCAACAGGGCCUACGCCAUUGCCUCCUCCAUCAUCUCCUUCUACAUCCCGCUGGUGGUCAUGAUCUUCGUCUACUCUCGGGUCUUCAAGAUCGCCAAGAAGCAGCUAAAGAAGAUAGACAGGUGCGAAGGAAGGUUCUACCACCACCAGACCCUGAGCCACGCCAGGUCCAGCAGAAGAAGGCUUUCCAAAAUGCUGGCGGCCAAGGAGCAGAAAGCCUUAAAGACUUUGGGUAUCAUCAUGGGGACCUUCACCCUGUGCUGGCUGCCCUUCUUCUUGGCCAACAUAGUCAACGUCUUCUACAGGAACCUCAUCCCGGACAAGCUCUUCUUGUUCCUGAACUGGUUGGGUUACGUCAACUCGGCUUUUAAUCCCAUCAUAUACUGCAGGAGCCCCGAUUUCAGGAAGGCCUUCAAACGGCUCCUGUGUUGUCCGAGGAAGGCCGACAGGAGGCUCCAUGCCACCGGGACCGGGGAGCUGUCCCAUUACUCAGGAGGCUUUGUUAACUCUUUAGACACCAAUGCUUUGGGGACUUGGUCUGAAUGCAAUGGCACCCAGCAGUCUUUCGACCCCGAGUAGGACAUCGCAGGGGAUUCUGGGCUCCUUUUUAUCCUCCUUUUUUUUGUGUGUGCACCCCCUUCUGGCACACAUUGGGUUAAAGUUGUCACCUGCUGGGGGCCAAAGGAAAUUCUGUCAGCCCUUUGCUGGUGUUCCUUGUGUACGUUUACUGACCUCGCGACUGGUGCUAAACCUCACAAAAUGAGGCAAAAAAUGCAGUUCUGCCCCAGUGGCCUCCCUGGGGGGGGUCACAGGGCUAUCUGGCUGCAAGGAGAAACCACCUGCUCAGGGAUGCCACCUGCACACCUUGUAUCUGAUCUUGGGUUAUCGCGGCAUUAAAGCCCCUUGGAAUUGAGCCUCUCCGGGAAGCCAUUGGGGGGUCUCCAGUCUCCAACCCCCAACAGAGGAUCUCCAGCCAAUCAAAGGGU